UUGAGAGCAGUCUGGAGGUCUAUGAGACGAAAAGCGGAGAUGUGGACGGUGGUCUUCUGCAUGCCGCUUCUGGCUCUCUCGGCCGCCUUGUCGUGCCCAGAUGGUGGACAGUGCCCAGAUGGUAACACCUGCUGCCAGAAGCCCUCCGGGAACUAUGGCUGCUGCCCGCUGCCACAUGCUGUGUGCUGUGAGGAUCACAAGCACUGUUGCUACGAGAACACCAUCUGUGACCUGGUGAACAAUCGGUGCCUCAACAACUCUGUAUCGCUGGACAUGGUGAAGAAAGUUCCUGCCAAACUACCCUCGUUUCCAAAGUCUUUACCCAUGAUCCCAGCUUUCUCUAAAGAUGCGAAUUAUGACAACAUAUGUCUUGACAACACCAGGUGUCCUUCAGAAUUCUCAUGCUUGAAGACACCGGUGGCUUACAGCUGCUGUCCUUCACAUGAGGGUGUGCCCUGUUCAGAUGGGAAACACUGCUGUCCCAAGGGCCAGCUGUGCACACAGGAUGGUCAUUUCUGCAUCACGCAAAAAGGGCCUAUGGGUGCUGUCCUCUGUCCUGAUAAGGAGUCUGAGUGUCCAGGAGACACAACCUGCUGUCAGCUUCCAGACAACAGCUGGGGGUGCUGUCCUAUGAGCAAGGCAGUAUGUUGCGAGGACAAGACUCACUGCUGCCCAGAGGGGACUUCUUGCAACAUUAAGGACUCCAAGUGCUUGUCACCCCUCUUUGGGGAGAUGCCCAUGUGGAAGAAACUUCCAGCUAGGAGGAGGGCAGACUGGGAGGAGAAGACAGCAGGAGAUGUUCCUUGUGAUUCGACCCACGCCUGUCAGGAUGGGAGCACCUGCUGCAAGACAACAACAGGAGAGUGGGCUUGCUGCCCCCUGCCUCAGGCAGUGUGCUGUGAGGACCACGUCCACUGCUGUCCCCAGGGCACCACGUGUAACACGGCCAAGAACACCUGUGAGAGCUCCUCAGGCUCAGUGCCAUGGUUGGAGAAGGUGCCCGCAAUGAGGCAGCAGUCUGAUAAAGCGGGAGAUGUUCCUUGUGAUUCGACCCACGCCUGUCAGGAUGGGAGCACCUGCUGCAAGACAACAACAGGAGAGUGGGCUUGCUGCCCCCUGCCUCAGGCAGUGUGCUGUGAGGACCACGUCCACUGCUGUCCCCAGGGCACCACGUGUAACACGGCCAAGAACACCUGUGAGAGCUCCUCAGGCUCGGUGCCAUGGUUGGAGAAGGUGCCCGCAAUGAGGCAGCAGUCUGAUAAAGCGGGAGAUGUUCCUUGUGAUUCGACCCACGCCUGUCAGGAUGGGAGCACCUGCUGCAAGACAACAACAGGAGAGUGGGCUUGCUGCCCCCUGCCUCAGGCAGUGUGCUGUGAGGACCACGUCCACUGCUGUCCCCAGGGCACCACGUGUAACACGGCCAAGAACACCUGUGAGAGCUCCUCAGGCUCGGUGCCAUGGUUGGAGAAGGUGCCCGCAAUGAGGCAGCAGUCUGAUAAAGCGGGAGAUGUUCCUUGUGAUUCGACCCACGCCUGUCAGGAUGGGAGCACCUGCUGCAAGACAACAACAGGAGAGUGGGCUUGCUGCCCCCUGCCUCAGGCAGUGUGCUGUGAGGACCACGUCCACUGCUGUCCCCAGGGCACCACGUGUAACACGGCCAAGAACACCUGUGAGAGCUCCUCAGGCUCGGUGCCAUGGUUGGAGAAGGUGCCCGCAAUGAGGCAGCAGUCUGAUAAAGCGGGAGAUGUUCCUUGUGAUUCGACCCACGCCUGUCAGGAUGGGAGCACCUGCUGCAAGACAACAACAGGAGAGUGGGCUUGCUGCCCCCUGCCUCAGGCAGUGUGCUGUGAGGACCACGUCCACUGCUGUCCCCAGGGCACCACGUGUAACACGGCCAAGAACACCUGUGAGAGCUCCUCAGGCUCGGUGCCAUGGUUGGAGAAGGUGCCCGCAAUGAGGCAGCAGUCUGAUAAAGCGGGAGAUGUUCCUUGUGAUUCGACCCACGCCUGUCAGGAUGGGAGCACCUGCUGCAAGACAACAACAGGAGAGUGGGCUUGCUGCCCCCUGCCUCAGGCAGUGUGCUGUGAGGACCACGUCCACUGCUGUCCCCAGGGCACCACGUGUAACACGGCCAAGAACACCUGUGAGAGCUCCUCAGGCUCGGUGCCAUGGUUGGAGAAGGUGCCCGCAAUGAGGCAGCAGUCUGAUAAAGCGGGAGAUGUUCCUUGUGAUUCGACCCACGCCUGUCAGGAUGGGAGCACCUGCUGCAAGACAACAACAGGAGAGUGGGCUUGCUGCCCCCUGCCUCAGGCAGUGUGCUGUGAGGACCACGUCCACUGCUGUCCCCAGGGCACCACGUGUAACACGGCCAAGAACACCUGUGAGAGCUCCUCAGGCUCGGUGCCAUGGUUGGAGAAGGUGCCCGCAAUGAGGCAGCAGUCUGAUAAAGCGGGAGAUGUUCCUUGUGAUUCGACCCACGCCUGUCAGGAUGGGAGCACCUGCUGCAAGACAACAACAGGAGAGUGGGCUUGCUGCCCCCUGCCUCAGGCAGUGUGCUGUGAGGACCACGUCCACUGCUGUCCCCAGGGCACCACGUGUAACACGGCCAAGAACACCUGUGAGAGCUCCUCAGGCUCGGUGCCAUGGUUGGAGAAGGUGCCCGCAAUGAGGCAGCAGUCUGAUAAAGCGGGAGAUGUUCCUUGUGAUUCGACCCACGCCUGUCAGGAUGGGAGCACCUGCUGCAAGACAACAACAGGAGAGUGGGCUUGCUGCCCCCUGCCUCAGGCAGUGUGCUGUGAGGACCACGUCCACUGCUGUCCCCAGGGCACCACGUGUAACACGGCCAAGAACACCUGUGAGAGCUCCUCAGGCUCGGUGCCAUGGUUGGAGAAGGUGCCCGCAAUGAGGCAGCAGUCUGAUAAAGCGGGAGAUGUUCCUUGUGAUUCGACCCACGCCUGUCAGGAUGGGAGCACCUGCUGCAAGACAACAACAGGAGAGUGGGCUUGCUGCCCCCUGCCUCAGGCAGUGUGCUGUGAGGACCACGUCCACUGCUGUCCCCAGGGCACCACGUGUAACACGGCCAAGAACACCUGUGAGAGCUCCUCAGGCUCGGUGCCAUGGUUGGAGAAGGUGCCCGCAAUGAGGCAGCAGUCUGAUAAAGCGGGAGAUGUUCCUUGUGAUUCGACCCACGCCUGUCAGGAUGGGAGCACCUGCUGCAAGACAACAACAGGAGAGUGGGCUUGCUGCCCCCUGCCUCAGGCAGUGUGCUGUGAGGACCACGUCCACUGCUGUCCCCAGGGCACCACGUGUAACACGGCCAAGAACACCUGUGAGAGCUCCUCAGGCUCGGUGCCAUGGUUGGAGAAGGUGCCCGCAAUGAGGCAGCAGUCUGAUAAAGCGGGAGAUGUUCCUUGUGAUUCGACCCACGCCUGUCAGGAUGGGAGCACCUGCUGCAAGACAACAACAGGAGAGUGGGCUUGCUGCCCCCUGCCUCAGGCAGUGUGCUGUGAGGACCACGUCCACUGCUGUCCCCAGGGCACCACGUGUAACACGGCCAAGAACACCUGUGAGAGCUCCUCAGGCUCGGUGCCAUGGUUGGAGAAGGUGCCCGCAAUGAGGCAGCAGUCUGAUAAAGCGGGAGAUGUUCCUUGUGAUUCGACCCACGCCUGUCAGGAUGGGAGCACCUGCUGCAAGACAACAACAGGAGAGUGGGCUUGCUGCCCCCUGCCUCAGGCAGUGUGCUGUGAGGACCACGUCCACUGCUGUCCCCAGGGCACCACGUGUAACACGGCCAAGAACACCUGUGAGAGCUCCUCAGGCUCGGUGCCAUGGUUGGAGAAGGUGCCCGCAAUGAGGCAGCAGUCUGAUAAAGCGGGAGAUGUUCCUUGUGAUUCGACCCACGCCUGUCAGGAUGGGAGCACCUGCUGCAAGACAACAACAGGAGAGUGGGCUUGCUGCCCCCUGCCUCAGGCAGUGUGCUGUGAGGACCACGUCCACUGCUGUCCCCAGGGCACCACGUGUAACACGGCCAAGAACACCUGUGAGAGCUCCUCAGGCUCGGUGCCAUGGUUGGAGAAGGUGCCCGCAAUGAGGCAGCAGUCUGAUAAAGCGGGAGAUGUUCCUUGUGAUUCGACCCACGCCUGUCAGGAUGGGAGCACCUGCUGCAAGACAACAACAGGAGAGUGGGCUUGCUGCCCCCUGCCUCAGGCAGUGUGCUGUGAGGACCACGUCCACUGCUGUCCCCAGGGCACCACGUGUAACACGGCCAAGAACACCUGUGAGAGCUCCUCAGGCUCGGUGCCAUGGUUGGAGAAGGUGCCCGCAAUGAGGCAGCAGUCUGAUAAAGCGGGAGAUGUUCCUUGUGAUUCGACCCACGCCUGUCAGGAUGGGAGCACCUGCUGCAAGACAACAACAGGAGAGUGGGCUUGCUGCCCCCUGCCUCAGGCAGUGUGCUGUGAGGACCACGUCCACUGCUGUCCCCAGGGCACCACGUGUAACACGGCCAAGAACACCUGUGAGAGCUCCUCAGGCUCGGUGCCAUGGUUGGAGAAGGUGCCCGCAAUGAGGCAGCAGUCUGAUAAAGCGGGAGAUGUUCCUUGUGAUUCGACCCACGCCUGUCAGGAUGGGAGCACCUGCUGCAAGACAACAACAGGAGAGUGGGCUUGCUGCCCCCUGCCUCAGGCAGUGUGCUGUGAGGACCACGUCCACUGCUGUCCCCAGGGCACCACGUGUAACACGGCCAAGAACACCUGUGAGAGCUCCUCAGGCUCGGUGCCAUGGUUGGAGAAGGUGCCCGCAAUGAGGCAGCAGUCUGAUAAAGCGGGAGAUGUUCCUUGUGAUUCGACCCACGCCUGUCAGGAUGGGAGCACCUGCUGCAAGACAACAACAGGAGAGUGGGCUUGCUGCCCCCUGCCUCAGGCAGUGUGCUGUGAGGACCACGUCCACUGCUGUCCCCAGGGCACCACGUGUAACACGGCCAAGAACACCUGUGAGAGCUCCUCAGGCUCGGUGCCAUGGUUGGAGAAGGUGCCCGCAAUGAGGCAGCAGUCUGAUAAAGCGGGAGAUGUUCCUUGUGAUUCGACCCACGCCUGUCAGGAUGGGAGCACCUGCUGCAAGACAACAACAGGAGAGUGGGCUUGCUGCCCCCUGCCUCAGGCAGUGUGCUGUGAGGACCACGUCCACUGCUGUCCCCAGGGCACCACGUGUAACACGGCCAAGAACACCUGUGAGAGCUCCUCAGGCUCGGUGCCAUGGUUGGAGAAGGUGCCCGCAAUGAGGCAGCAGUCUGAUAAAGCGGGAGAUGUUCCUUGUGAUUCGACCCACGCCUGUCAGGAUGGGAGCACCUGCUGCAAGACAACAACAGGAGAGUGGGCUUGCUGCCCCCUGCCUCAGGCAGUGUGCUGUGAGGACCACGUCCACUGCUGUCCCCAGGGCACCACGUGUAACACGGCCAAGAACACCUGUGAGAGCUCCUCAGGCUCGGUGCCAUGGUUGGAGAAGGUGCCCGCAAUGAGGCAGCAGUCUGAUAAAGCGGGAGAUGUUCCUUGUGAUUCGACCCACGCCUGUCAGGAUGGGAGCACCUGCUGCAAGACAACAACAGGAGAGUGGGCUUGCUGCCCCCUGCCUCAGGCAGUGUGCUGUGAGGACCACAUCCACUGCUGUCCCCAGGGCACCACGUGUAACACGGCCAAGAACACUUGUGAGAGCUCCUCAGGAUCAGUUCCAUGGUUGGAGAAGGUGCCUGCACUAACCCAGAAGACAUCCCAGGCAGAUGUCAACUCUAGCGAUCGUGACCACUGUGGGUCUGAUACCAAUUGCCCCAAGGAUACUACCUGCUGCUUCAUGAAAAAUGCUGGCAUUUGGGGCUGCUGUCCUUUUCCCAAGGCUGUGUGCUGUGAAGAUGGGACACACUGCUGUCCUGCAGGCUACUCUUGUGAUGGGAAAUUGAACAUGUGCUCCAAAGCUGGUGUGGUUAUUCCGUGGUACAACAAGAUCGGGGCCCUUGGCAGUUCCAGCUCCCCACCAGCAGUGAAAUGCAAGGCGCAGAGCAGCUGCCCUUCUGGGACAACAUGCCAUAAACUCUCCUCAGGCGAGCUGGGUUGUUGCCCCCUUACAAAUGCUGUCUGCUGCUCAAAUCAUGAGCACUGCUGCCCUCGAGGUUACAGAUGCAACAUCAGGAUGGGCACCUGUGAGAAAGUCAGAAGGUGGCUGGUCCACAGUAUCCCCAUGACCCGGGUCUCUGGGUCAGAACAGCAUCCCUUCCUAGAAGAAAUGGAUGUCCAAUGUGAUGACCAGCAUCACUGCCGUGACAGGGAGACCUGUUGCAGGAAGUCUCCCACCGAGUGGGCCUGCUGCCCCUCUCCAGAGGCGGUGUGCUGUCCUGACAUGAAGCACUGUUGUCCCUUUGGCUACACCUGUGACCCAGCAGGUGGGUCCUGCACCAAGCUGGCUGAGCUCAGGUGGGACAGCUGGAACUUGUUCUUCGGAAGAAGGAGACCCUUUAUCCCAUUAUGACACUGACAAAAGCAUCUCCAGCCAUACCUACUAAUUCCCCUUUUCCCCACAAAAAUUAAUUAAACCUUUUUGCAGAAAUCAUCCAGGGAAUUUAAAUUUCCUUGCAGCGUUAGUUUCAUCCUGUUGUGGUUGGGCAAGCAAGAAGUAUCAAUAUUUUUAAAAAUGCAGCUAAUUUUAUGUGGCUUCAGGGUGAUGGGCACUUUGUUAUUACUCAGGGAUAUGAAGCUGGUCCAACAUAGAAAGUGUGAAAACUUUUUUCUGUUACGGAAGGCACGAUUCAAAUUGAAAAUAUGAUUUAAUUAAAACACUGAUUGCUUUGUUUAAAAACAUUUGCACUAAAGUCUCUCCGAUGUCCUGUGUGUGCUACAAGUAGCACAAUCAGCUUAAAAACCCUAACACACUUUGAUGACAUCACCAUGAUUCAGAAAUAUUCACAUACAUCAUCUUAACUUUCUCUUCUGCUAAAAUGGUCAAACUGUACAGAAACUGGAGGGUAAAACACUGAGACUGUAUUUUGUCUGACAUUAGUUUUUGAAGAGGAGAACGGUACAUAUUUAAUGUGGCGUUAGAAAAUUCUUAUCUUUUAAAUUGAUCAUUUUUUGCUUUUCAGAAAUUUCUAGUGUCAUUUUUCCAGUUUGUUCAUGCACAAUUAAUUGUACAACAUAAAAGUUAUCUUAGAAAUGAAAACAUUUUGGUUUUGUUGUAUUUAUUUUCUUUUUCAUUUAAAAGGACUCAUUCCAUGGUAAAAUGAAUUCCCAGUUCAGGUUCUGCCCUCUCUCAAGGCUUCCUCAAGGUUUCCAGUUAAUGUUUAUCAAGGUUACAAAGACAAGCAGUGAAGCACCAAAAUGUACAUACUUUUCAUACUAGUUUAAGACAGAUACUGGGCACACUGACAGAUAAAUGGUAAGACGUUUUAAUUUGAAAAGUUACAGCUUUUCCUGUAAAGAGGCUGUUUACGUUACUCAGUGUGCCUUUAAAGUUUCACUGUUAGCUCACAGCUUCAAACACUGUAAACUAACAAUUUACUUUUAAUAUGAAAAGUACUUUGUCUCAGAUAAUAUUUUAUCAAAAUAUAAGCCACAAUAAUAGUUGAUAGGAAUAUAGUUCCCUCCUGUUACGCAUCUUGCCCAACGCAAAACAGCUUUCCUGCAUUUAAUGCAAUUGAUAUUUUAUAGCCGUCCUACCUUUUUAUUGUCAUGAAUUACAUGGCGAACCUUAAACAAACACAACCUGUAACA